CUUCGCGCACCGAGGAUGGUGUCUUCCGCAGCGUAAUGUCAGUCAAACAAUACAAAAAAUAAAUGAUAGAUAGUUUAAGUCCAAUUACAGACAAAGCGACAACAUGAAAUAUCUUGUAUGUGAGUGUCUGGCUGCUGAUGUUAAUUAAUGAAUCGCCUCUGAAGGCUAACAGGAUGCACAACAUCAGAGCUGUCGGAGGCUCCUACACGGACAAUCUCAUUGGGACUUUGCUUGCUAUUUUUGGAAAUGUACUUGUAAGCAUCGCCUUAACUAUUCAGAAACACAGCCACGUGACAUUAGCAGGGACAAAAGACCCUCGUGCCUUCUACCGCACUAAAACCUGGUGGUGUGGUUUUCUGCUGACCUGUCUUGGGGAGGCUGCCAACUUUGUCUCUUAUGCCUUUGCACCCCUCGCUCUCGUAGCUCCUCUUAAUGCUGUGUCUGUCCUGGCAAGCUCAAUUUUGGGCCUCAUUUUUCUGCGUGAGAAAUCUAAGCCAAAGGACUUCAUAAAGCACUAUGGGCUGUCCUUCCUGGGCUGUAUCCUUACCGUGGGAGGAACGUACCUCUUUGUGGCAUUUGGACCAAACUCUCAUGAAAAGCUGAAAGCAGAAAACAUUGUGUCGCACAUUGUAGGAUGGCCGGUUCUCUUGUAUCUGCUACUGGAGAUCAUCAUGUUCUGCCUGCUUUUAUACUUCUACAAACAGAGUAGUGCUAACUACCUCGUUAUUAUUCUGCUGCUGGUUGCUCUACUGGGCUCUGUCACAGUUAUAACAGUGAAAGCAGUGUCCGGCAUGUUGGUUCUCACCAUUGAAGGCAACAUGCAGCUCAACUACCCGAUCUUCAGUGUCAUGUUUGUGUGCAUGGUGGCUUCAGUGAUCUUCCAAGCCAGAUUUCUCUCCCAAGCUUGUAAGCUGUACAACUCCUCUCUGAUCGCCAGUGUUAACUACAUACUCUCCACUAUCUUUGCUGUGACCGCUGGUGCUGUGUUUUACUUGGAGUUUAAAAAGGAAGAUAUUCUUCACAUCUGCUUGUAUUUGCUGGGAUCUGCAGCCUGUUUCCUGGGCGUCUUCCUCAUCACCAAAAACAGGAAGAGGACCAAGACCUUUGAACCUUAUGUCACAAUGAAUAUGUCUAACGGUGUCCCAACUAUUCAUGACAAGGGCCUGGUAGUUCAGCCAGACUUCAACGGUUCUUUCUCUUAUGGUGCUCUGGUCAACAACGAUGGAGUGGCUCCUGCUAAUCUACCCGUCAACCUCGAACAACCGUCAGUCAGCUCCAGAUCCAUCGAUCCAUCUCAUGACCUGAAGAAAGAUUAGAACCAACCAUUUCUAUCUUUUUUUUCGUCUUCACUCCAUUUUACUAUAAACACAACUCAAGGACCUUGAAAGGCAAAUAUGGGUAGCUUCAGUUUUCUUUUCACAUAAACACCAGUAAAGGAAGAUUUCCUGACUUUCCAAACUCUCCAGCAAGUUGAAGGUGUCCAUUGGGUGCUUUAAUGUUCUCUUUACUCUGUCUUGCACACCUCUCUACAUACCUUUUUUUUUUUUUACAUCUCUAAACCAAAACGUAACCUGUAGAAGCUUUCCUAUUUUCAGAUGAUGUCAGCUAUAUUCAUUCCAAAAAUUAACAGAAGUAACCGGAAACUGCUGGAUGUCAGUGUUUGUAGAGGCCACGUGGAUUCACAAACAUGGCUGCAGAAAUACAACAGCAGAUACAGUGUUGUGCCUUGAAGCUUACUGCCCUGUGUUAGCUUUGAGAUGUGAGGGCUGACCUCUAUGACUGUUAAGCAAUGCUGUUCCCAUUUACUCUUAAAUGGGAACAUACAAUGAUGCGUUCUUCCAUUUGUAAAGAGGAUGGUCUAGUUACUCCUCAAUUUCAGGUCAUUAUCAACAAUAUUAUGUACAUAAUGUUGCUGUAGACUUUUCCAGAAGACUUGCCAAUGAACAUUUAAACUUUGAAGCUGUUUUAAAUAUCUGCCUGUCUUCUUUGAGAAGUUUUCACUCCACAGUCUUCUGCCUCAUUCGUGGGAUUGUAUUAAUACUUUUUUCCGAUGUGACCAAACAAUAGUUGCAAUUGUUCUAAUUUAUUGUAAUUUAUUUAUUACAUUUGAAGUAUGCUUUUAAUGUGCCUUUUUAAAAGUAGCUUUACACUGGGUAUACUACGUAAAGGCUGUACAAGUUAGGUUAGGUGAGGGAAAACCUUACUGCAGCAGUUCAGUUAUCAAUGGGAAUUGGAUCUGUAAUAAUGGUUUUGACAAAACAUUUGCAUUUUUGAGAUUGCUCAUAUACUGUAUAAGUAGAGAAAGUCUAUUUGAGUCUAAAUAGCUUUUUUUGCCUUAAAAUAACUAAAAAAUGAUUCAUUUGGGUUGUCCUUUAACUUAAUGCCUUGGAGUUGAUGGCAAAUCAAGAAAAACUGAAAACAUGCAGUUGAUGUUGUUAAAUGACCAUGUUUAGUGUAUUUCUGAUGUAAAUUGUUCAUGCAUUUAUCAGAAGCUGGAAGAUACAGCACUAAGUGAAAUGUCUUUUAAGUGCUCUGGGAUAAAUACUCCAUAAUGAACUAAAGGUAAAUUGGAUAUAUUCCACUUCUGCAUACAGUAUGUGGCAAUGUGUGUAUACAGUGUUAAUAAAGCAAAGUCUUGGCACAGUAUGUAGUACGUGAUUAUUUUG